AGAGAGUUGUUUACCUGUUAUGGUUGUGUUGUGUGGUAACUGUAUAUCAAGCUGUAUCUUGUAGAAUCAGAUAUACUGCAUGCAUGCCAGAAAAACGUAUGUUGUGUUUUCCAGCCUGUCUGUUCUGUGUUUUCAUUCUUUCUUGCUGUUUUGCUGUUUGUUUUAUUUGUUUUUUAUUUGUAUCUUUGCUGCUUUAUAGCUCAUCUGCUCCCAGGAUGGUGAACAACUACAAGCGGACUUCCAGCCCUCGGUCUCCUACGAACAGUGGGGAGCUCUUCACUCCAGCGCAUGAGGAGAAUGUGCGUUUCAUCCACGACACCUGGCAGUGUGUGCUCAGAGACAUCCGGUCACCUCAGAGCAGCGAACGCAAAGACCGUGGACCACAGGAGUAUGUGGAAAAGAACCCAAAUCCCAACUUAAAUUCUUUCACACCAGUUGACCUGAGUGACCUCAAGAAACGCAACACACAGGACUCCAAGAAGUCCUAGUCUUUCUCUUUAUAGUCAACAGCUUUUUUCUGCACCAAUUAUCCUUGAGAACUUUCUCCUCCUCUGUCAGCCAGCAAGUCAACCUUUUGGCCAUUCCUGCCCAGAAUUCCAGUCCUCUUUCUGCCCACCUGGACUAACAGCUUGCCCAUUCAACAGCAGUGGGCUGAUGUCCUAACAACCACAACAUUUUUGGAGUUCCUUAUCCACCCCAGUCCCCCCCCCCCCCUCUUUCUCUGUCCAGGCUCAAUAUUUUCUUACCCUACCUCUCAUCUGGUUGACGUGGAAUGCAAGAAAGCUGGCAUUUGAUUUCCAGGGAUUCUCUCUUCCGGUUCUUGGUUUUACAGCCAUGAAUUUUUCAUUUUCACUCUUUUUUUUAUGUGAAUGGGACUGAUGCAGAGUUUCAAUGAAAUAUGCUGACAUCCUGAUGCCGAAGUACAGAUGGUGUAAAAAUUAUUCAUGGAACACUUUAAAGGACUGCAGUCUUAAAUAUUAAGUUUUCUUUUCAAUCUACAAAGGAUAACACUGAAGGGCUGACAUUCUUUUUUUGGAAGAUAGUUGAAUUGUAGAUAUAUUGGAAUGGAAACCGAUUGUACGGGCGAGUUUUGGAAGCCAAAAAUUGUUUAGGAUAAAUGCCAACAUUUUUCAUAUACAUUCAUGCCCCUAAAAUGGACUUCAAGUAGACAUCGCCACAUUGACUAUUUUAUUCAAAAAAAAUAUUGAAUAAAAUACUUUUACAGUAUUUCACUCUCAAUGCAUUGGUCAUAGAUGUUCUCACCUAAAUUUACUUUUUGGAUGUGUUACCUAUAUACUCCCCAAUGAUGUAUGUACAAACAUCACAGAACCUACAGUAGGAUGGUAAAUGAUUGUUGUCUCACGCUCUUUGUUUUGUUUGUGCAUUGUUACUGAAAACAGUGUAAUAGGCUACUGAACAAAAAUAUAAUUGCGACAUGUAACAAUUUCAAAGAUUUUACUGAAUGCAUUUCAUAUAAGGAAAUCAGUCAAUUUCAAUGAAUUCAUUAGGCCCUAAUCUAUGGAUUUCACAUGACUGGGCAGGAAUACAGCCAUGGAUGGGCCUUGGCGGGCAAGCCCACCCACUGAGUUUUUCCCCACAAAAGGGCUUUUAUUACAGACAGAAAUACUCCUCAGCAACCCCUCCACACCCCCCUCAUACGAUCCCGCAGGUGAAGAAGCUGGAUGUUGAGGUCCUGGGCUAACGUGGUUACAUGUGGUCUGCGGUUGUGAGGCCGGUUGGACGUACUGCCAAAAACAAUGUUCGAGGCACCUUGUGGUAGAGAAAUUAACAUAAAAUUACCUGGCAACAGUGCUGCUGGACAUUCCUGCAGUCAGCAUGACUAUUGCACUCUCCCUCAAAGCUUGAGGCAUUGUGUUGUGUGACAAAUUAGUGGCCUUUUAUUGUCCCUAGCACAAGGCGCACCUGUGUAAUGAUCAUGCUGUUUAAUCAGCUUCAUGAUAUGCCACACCUGUCAGGUGGAUGGAUUUUCUUGGCAAAGGAGAAAUGCUCACUAACAGGGAUGUAAACAAAUUUGUGCACAAAAUUUGAGAGAAAUAAGCUUUUUGUGCAUAUGGAAAACAUGGGACCAACACUUUACAUGUGUUUAUUUUCAUUGUAUGUAUAGUCAGCCAUAUUUCUUUCUCUGAUCUAGUUCCUUCAUAUCACAGAGGGAAUCAUGAAGUGCUCGGAUAUGGUCAGAAUGGUCAGCCAGUAUUCACAAAAGUUAGCAGAGAGAAUUACUCCAUAAUGGUAAACCUAUUAGUAGUGCAAACAAGUACAAGAAGAUACAAUCAUGGCUGCAUGAUAUAUUGUAACAACAUUUUAGGCUAUGUGAUUCUGCGCCCCAGAUAUAGGUGUUGAUGCAUCUGUGUUGACAAAGUUCACAUGUGGAUACAGUUGGUGUAGGCCAUGGUAUUAACACAACACAUUUAUUUACACAUUUGUCUCAGGAAUCUUAUAUCAAAUAAAAUGUCAUUGGUUGCGUACACAUUUUGCAGAUGUUAUCGCAUGCUGGUAAAAUAAAGGUUAAAUAAAAUCUCAA